UAUUUUAUGCUUCACGACUCACUCAUCCUUUAAGUAAGCAGGGUGGGGCAGGGUGCGCGUGCGCGGUUUUAAUACUCCUCCCUAAACUGCCAACUCUUCGCGCAAGCGAAGUAGCCUAGCCUUGCCUAGUUUUACGCGUGCGCACUAACGGCCCUGGCCCCGGAAGACCAGACGCCUGCGCAGUCGGAACUACGGUGACAGUCCCCCGGGUGGGGUAUGGGCCAGUCAUGGCGGAGCCUUGGUCUGGGCAGUCCUUGCAGGCUCUUCCGACCACGGUGUUGGGCGCGCUGGGCACCCUGGGCAGCGAGUUCCUGCGGGAGUGGGAGGCGCAGGACAUGCGCGUGACCCUCUUCAAGCUGCUGCUACUCUGGUUGGUGUUAAGUCUCCUGGGCAUCCAGCUGGCGUGGGGGUUCUACGGGAGCACGGUGACAGGGCUGUAUCACCGCCCAGAUCCCCACCCCCAGCCUGCUGCAGCUCUGGAUGUGUUCCUGCCCCCAGGUCUGGGCGGCCAGAACGGAUCCACACCUGAUGGCUCCACGCAUUUCACUUCGUGGGAAACAACAGCAAAUGAACCUCUCAAAACCCACAGAGAAUAAGGGAAGGCAGCAGAGGGAUCUCCAGGGACAUCACCGGGUCUGCUGGUUCCCACACUGGGUUCUGCUGCUGCCCAGACCCCAGAGACUGCAUGGGGGGAGGGGUUGGGGGCAGGGAGUACCCCAGUGCUUGAAGACCUGGCCCUCCACUGCUCUUGGCCUUGCCUCCAGCAGCUCCAGGCAUUGGGCCAGUAAAGUUUGCCUCUACCCAGAUCUGGGUGCCUUAAGGAGAGAAGACAUGUUCCUCCUCUCUCAGGGGUCAGCUCAGGAGGAGCCUCUGGGUUGGGGAGGCCAACAGUCCAUUUUCUGCCUUGGCUUUUUCCUGUCCCCCUUCCAAUCUGCUGGGAUGUGACCCCAUAGAAAUUUCCUUGAGAAGAAACUUGAGGUUGACAGCUCUGGGGUUUGUAAGGGAAGUCUGUUUUCUCCUAAGCUCUUGAAUUUGUUUUUGCUUUGUUGGCAGGGAGCCAGGAAAGACUGGCCUAGACAUGGCCUUAUACUCUAUGGUUACUUAGCUGGCCAUUCAAGUGUAAGGCAGGGGGCGCUGGCACUACCUGGACGUGGAGGCACCAAACACCCACUUCCCUAGCCCAUCCAGAGCUUUUCAGAGAGGUACUAAGCAGUUACCGCUGAGUGGCUCUGCCACUUCAUCACUUCCCAUCUUGACCCGGAACCACAAGAGCUUCAUCCUAAGAGGCCACAGGCUCAGCUCGUCCCCACUAGCACCAUCUCAGCCCCCAAGAACCCUCCCUCAACAGCCGGGAAGAACCACAGGCUGGGCAGGCCUGCCACUUACACAGUGGGCCAGGGGAGCUUCCAAAGGUGUGGGAGGCACAUGCCAGUUUCUGAAAGCAGCAUGACCCUAGAACUGCCUCCCUUCCUGAAGGCUGUAUUUCUAUACUUGUUUGUGCUGGACCACCAGCUACCUCAGUAUCCCGCUGCCUGCUUCCUCUAUCCAUCUGGCAGCCUUUGGCUAGGCCACCUUUGCAGCAGAAACACACUGGAAGUAGGACUACACUGAACUUGUGUACGUGUAUCUACUUUGGAGGUAUCUUCUGACUGGUAGGAUGAUGGUUUUGCAGCCUCAGGCCUACCCACUGACACCACCACACAUAGAAUCAGGGUCUCACAUUUUACCCCAGGUUCAGCUGAGGAUGUGGCUUAUUAAACUUGGAAGUGCA